AUGGUCGAGACUGACCUUGCUCCGCGCAUCGCGGCGGCUGCGCAAUGGGCCAUCGAGUCGCCCGCCCACCUCGCUGCCACCCUAGUCGGUGCUGUGGUUCUCUUCCAUCUGGUUCCCUACAUCACGAACACGGCUCUCCUCAAGUAUCCAGGUCCUUUCUUGGCCAAGUUAACCGAUUUCUGGCUGCUCAGGACCGCAAUGGUGGGCCACCGCUUCGAAGCUGUGCACAAGCAGCACCAGAAGUACGGCAAAUUCGUCCGCAUCGCUCCCAACCACGUUUCCAUUGCCGACCACGAGGCAUUGCAGCCGGUCUACGGUCACGGCACGGGCACGCUCAAGCCCGCCUACUACGACGCCUUUGUGCCCCCGAAGCCUUUCCCGCGCGGUCUCUUCAACACACGCGACCGUGCCGAGCACACGCGCAAGCGCAAGAUCGUUUCGCACACGUUCGCUCCAAAGACUAUCGUCGCCUUUGAACCGUUCAUCCGACGUGAGGUGCAGCUGCUGCUCGAACGCUGGGACGAAUUCUGUGACAAGGCCGCCAAAGCCAACACCGAGGGUCCGCGCGGCAUCAAAGGCCGUGCAUGGCUCGACUCGCUCUUGUGGCUCAACUAUUUCGCCUUCGACACCAUCGGCGCCCUUGCGUUUGGCAGCACGUUUGGCAUGCUAGAGAACGGCGCCGACGAGGCCAAAGUCGAGUACGAGGAUGUACACGGCAACAAGAAAGUCGACUACUGCUCGGCGGUCAACAUUAUCAACGAGCGCGGCGAAUAUUCGGGCACCAUGGGUCUCGCGCCCGUGUGGUUGCGUCCGUACCUGCUCAAACUGCCCUGGUUCUCCAAGCGUCUCACCUCGGUCAAGAAGCUCACGGGUAUUGCACUGGCACGAGUCAAUGACCGUCUGCAGAACGGUUCGGAGCGCGAAGAUCUGCUGGCUAAAUUGCAGGCUGCCAAGGACGACCGCGGCGAACCCAUGGGAAAGAUGGAGCUCACUGCCGAAGCACUCACGCAGCUCAUUGCGGGAUCAGACACCACGUCCAACACGGCAUGUGCUAUUGUCCACCAUCUCACCACGCACCCGGACAAGAUGGCCAAGCUGCAAGCCGAGCUGGACCGCGAGCUCGAGCACGCCGAAGAGGUGCCGCUGCACAGCGAUGUACAGGAGCUGCCGUACCUGCAGGCGGUGCUGAACGAGUCGCUGCGCUACCACUCGACAUCUGCGAUCGGUCUCCCACGCGUGAUUCCCGAAGGUGGAGCGACGGUAUGCGGCCAGCGAUUCCCCGCGGGCACUAUCCUCUCCGUUCCGGCCUACACGCUGCACCGCGACAAGUCGGUGUUUGGCGAAGACGCCGACGAGUACAACCCGGACCGCUGGCUCGCACCCAACGCCAAGCGCGACUUUGAAAAGGCGUUCAUUCCGUUCUCCGUCGGCCCUCGUGCUUGCGUCGGGCGCAACGUGGCCAUGAUGGAGCUGUCCAUCCUGAUCGCUGCCAUCUUCAGGCGAUACGAUAUCGUGCUCGCUGAACCCGAAAAGCCGCUCGAGACGUUUGAAGGUUUCCUGCGCAAGCCUGUUCAACUCGAUGUUGGUCUUAAGCGACGCAACUGA